CAAUUUACAGAUAGCAGCAAAUUAAUGUAAACAAUCAAUCAGAAUUCAGAAAUCAAUCAGAAACAAAGUAUAACUAUAGACCUGAUUGACAUAACCCCUAUAUUAUACCUAUAAGUUACAGUACUCUAUUACUACAGUUAUAUUUUCACAGAAAUCAAUUAGAAAGUCAAAACCUAUAAAUACACCCAAAAUUUAACAUUCUUCUUCACUUGUAAAAUAACCAUGACUUACCAAAUCACACUCUCUCUUUCUACUUUCCUCUUCCUCACUAUACUCCUCACUCAUCACACCACCACCCUUUUCCCCAGAUUGGCCAAUGCCGGCAAAAUCCACAUCCCCGACGACCUCGGCGAUGUAAUCGAUGAUGAAGAGGACGAUGACUGGAAAAACUGGGGCAAAAAAACACCCACCCCAUCACCCCAAUUUGACUUAAAUCCUUCUGAUUUGGAUAAUAUGGACCCUUCCCAGAUCCAAGCUGAGAUGAUCAAGCAUCACACCGGUCCCCUUUUCGGAUUUAUCAAGCUCAGAUUAGGCGUUCUUCGAACCCCGGAUGAGGUUUCAGAGAUAGCCAUGAAAUGGAGCAAAGUUUCGAAAACGGGAGGUUUGGAGGUGAAGUUUAUGGGGGUGGAUCUUAGCACUGUCAUGUUUACCAUGGAGGCAGGCCAAGACAAGGAUGAGCUGAAGGAAUUCAUAUUGGAGCAGCCAGAUGCAUAUGAAGUCAAGAUUGGAGACGUUGUUUACCGCAGACCUGGAGAUCCUCCACUGGAAGAGGUUAUUGAGAUGCUACGGGGAGAGACAGGCAACAGUUUCGAGGGGCAUGAGAAGGAUGAGCUAUAGCUGCAAAGUUUUACUACACAAUAGUACUGU